GCACAAAGUGACGUCGUGCAUGCGUGAGUUCAGUUUCUCAAGCAAGACCGGGAACGGGCAGUGCACGUCCACCUCAAGGCAAACAGAACCGUCUUCAUUAUUACAGAUUUUCGAGUGUUGCUGACAUGCCUGGUAAAAAGACCACCACCAAGAGGAAGUCUGCCACUAUAGUGGAGGAUGAUAAAGGACCCAAAAAAGUGAAAGUUUCCCACAAGAGUCAUGGUAAGGAGGCUGGUCAGGUUCUUGUCCUGGGCCAGGGGGACGUUGGACAGUUGGGUCUAGGCCAGGACAUCAUCGAGAGGAAGAAGCCAGCCCUUGUGCCUCUACCAGAGACGAUUGUACAAGUGUUUGCUGGAGGCAUGCACACUGUGUGUGUCAGUGACACAGGCAACGUUUACACUUUUGGCUGUAAUGACGAGGGGGCUCUGGGGAGGGACACAUCUGAGGAGGGGUCUGAGAUGGUUCCAGAAAAAGUGACUCUGCAGGAGAAGGUGGUCCAGGUGUCUGCAGGAGACAGCCACACAGCUGCACUCACAGAAGAUGGAACUGUGUACAUCUGGGGAUCCUUCAGGGAUAGCAACGGUGUUAUCGGCCUUCUGGAGCCCAUGAAAACAUCUACCGUUCCAGUCAAAGUCCCCAUGACGGAGACUGUCUUGAAAAUUGCAUCAGGUAGCGACCACCUAAUAAUGGUUACACGGGAUGGAAAUCUUUACUCAUUGGGCAAUGCAGAGCAGGGGCAGCUGGGAAGAGUGCCUUGGUGUUUGUCAGACAGAGGAGGCAGAAGAGGCCUCAGCCAGUUGCUUCAGCCACGGAUCGUUUACUUCAAAAAGAAAGUUUGCUUCGUUGAUGCCUUCUGCGGGUCAUACCACACUUUUGUUGUGUCAAGUGAAGGCCAUGUUUAUGGAUUUGGACUCUCCAACUACCAUCAGCUGGGCAAUAAAAGCACCAAGCCGUGUUUUUUCCCUGUCAAACUGACAUGCUUCAGAAACUCCACCACCUUCUGGGUGGGCUUCUAUGGAGGGCUGCAUCACUCCAUCUGCCUUGAUUCUGAAGGAAAGGUUUACAGCCUGGGCAGAGCGGAGUAUGGUCGUCUGGGUCUGGGGCCAGAGGCUGAAGAGGCGACUGAGCCUUCGCCAGUCAUGGGCAUUGAGCCGGCCUGCGGCGUGUCAUGUGGGGCAUCGGUGAGCUACGCUGUCACCAAAGAAGGGUCUGUGUACGCCUGGGGCAUGGGCACCAACAUGCAGCUCGGCACAGGAGAGGAGGACGACGAAUGGAGCCCUGUGAAGAUGACAGGCAAGCAGCUUGAGAACCGUGCAGUACUGAUGGUCUCCAGUGGGGGGCAGCACACAGCCCUUUUGGUCAAAGACAAGCAGGAGAGCUGAUGUUCCUCCAGCAGAGUGUUGGUGGAUCUAUAGAUCUGUUUCAAGGUGGCCUUUUUCAUGGGACCUUAACCUGGGGAGGGGCUAAAUGUCGUUGUGGCUGUCUGAGCAGGGGGAGUGUGAGAGGUUCAGGCCCUUUAAAAGAACUCUUUUCUUCCUGGUGUGGGAAAAGGUUCAUGGAUGUUUGUUAGAUCAUGAAAAAACAAGAGUAUUUUUUUAAUCUAGUGUUUAGUGUUCCCUUUGUUUGUUUUUUUUCAUCAAAAGUCAUGAGUGUGACUGUUAGAGAAAACAUAUGAUGUUGGUGAAUGCGGUAAUUUGCAUGUGAGAAAAGGAAAAAAGUGCAAGCCUUUUAAUGACUUAUCUGAACAAAUGUCUCUUUUAAAGUUUUUUUUCCUUUCAUCUCUUUAAAGCAGCAUUUCCAUUGACCCUGGUUCAGACAGGACAUUUCUAUUCAAUGAAUUUGACGUGUGAGGCUACUGCUCAUUUCACCAAGGGCACACAAAGACGUGUUUCUGUAACAUUGUAUUCAGUAACAAGUCAAACUGAAUCCUGCAUUUUGUUCCUUUGCCUGUCUGAAAAUAAAGAUAACAGUGUAGUUUUUUUAAAGCCUUUUCUUAUUCAAUUUCAUUUCAAAUUCCUAUUGCAACAAUUCUGAUUCUGUAUCUUGUCUUAUGAUAUUAAAGGUUUAUUAAAACUGCC